AUGAACGGAGGUGCAUCCAGAAGGCCCACUGAGCAGGACCGGGAGGUCGUGAAAAACAUGACAGAAUGGAUUCAAAAUGAUACAAUUCGAUUCUACAUUCAGUCCCAUCUUUUAUUUUGUCCGGGGCAAGAUAUGUGCUUUGGAAAUCAAUACAAGAGAAAUUAUACGGCAAUUUUACCAUUUCCAAGUUGCUUUCAGUGUGAAUGUAGAUAUGAAUGUAAAAGAAAGAACAACUGUUGCCCUUGGAGGAACUACAAGCAAGAUGUGGAGAUGACCCCAGACUAUAUAUCAUAUAUGGAUAAUAAUCAAUUCACUCCAUCAAAGUACAUUAAUGUCCCUCAACAGUGCAUUGCACCACAAGUUAAUUAUCAAAGCGUAAAACGCUCUAUUAAGGCAUACUUUAUGAUUUCGCAAUGUCCUUUUAAUUACACAGACUCCAAUACGCACCAAAGAUGUAAUAACCCAUUACAAGAAAAAGACAUGUACUUAUACCAACCAGUAUUUUCUCCAUUUUCCAAUGAGAGCUUCAAAAAUCUUGACUGUGCGAUUUGUAACGGAGAAUCUUUGAGCAACCUUGUUCCGUGGACACCAAUAUUGGUUUGCUCAUCCAGAAAGACUCUUAUCCAAACCCAAUCUUUAGAUCAACUGCAAUCAGUUGCUUUUCAGAAAAAUUCCUUAUGCAAUGUAAUUUUUGUUCCUCAAACAUCUACAUUUACAAGAGACUGCUUCUCUGAAAAACUGUAUAUCAGUAAUUGUAAUGAAACUGGAGAAUGGAAAAUUUUCGACAGCAUUAUUUUUAACGCGUGUCAUUCAGACUUCGUCUACGUUUAUCUAGAAUGCAGUACAGCGUUUGAGAGAAGGGUGUUCAAAAAUAUAUUCUGUGCAAUGUGCAAUUUCCAUGACUGGGAUAGUUCAUUGGGAAUCGAAUGCGUGUCUUCGGUAGAAGUCUAUGACUUGAAAAAUCCUUUCAGUCUCGUCUCUUUUUCAGCCUUAAUUGAUUUCAGGGCAAAUGAGGAUGUGCCAACGCCUAGUGAAGGCACAAAGUGUUCCAAAGAUUCACUUCGAUUUGUCUACAUGGAUACAAAUUUGGGUUACUCUUUGUCGACUUGCUACAUAUCACAUCCCUAUCUUAAUCUGUAUACUUUUUUAAUACCCAUCGCGCUCAUGAUAACUCUAAAUAUGUUCAUGUUCUUUAUCAUUGUGAGGGAGAUCCGAACAAAGAAAAAUAACCCUAUCUCAAACACAAACGAGAAGCAGAUGAUGAAGAUUUAUUUCAAACUCUCAACUCUGACGGGGUCUUCCUGGCUUUUGGGAUUUUUACAUCAGAUUUUUCAGCUACAGAUAUUAUCUUUCCUUCAUAUAAUUUUCACUGGCAGUCAAGGUUUGUUUCUUUUUUUUUCUUUUGGGUUACCAUUGUUGUUAGGGAGAUGUCAGAAGACAACUUAA